GCAGGAUUUAAAAUUAGACGGAAUACGUGUGGGGAAAAUAAUGUACAACACACCGUCUUUAUUAAACAUGGCGACCCGAGGACCGAAUGGAGAUUUUCCUUAUUUACCUUCGGGGGCAGCGGAGGUGAACCGACUCAUCCAGGAAAAUGGCGACCUGUUUUCUGAGUCUCAGUGUAGAGUUUGCAACGCUGUACUCAUUUCAGAGUCACAAAAACUCGCACAUUACCAGAGCAAGAAGCAUGCAAGCAAAGUAAGACGUUACAUGGCCACCCACGAAGACGAACCCUUUGCCAAGAGAUUCAAACCAUCAUCCCAUGAUGCUGAAAGUGGCGAGGUCGUGCAGCUUGACGGGGACAAAUAUAAAUCCUGCCACGUGUGCAACAUGAGCUUUUCGUCUGCAGUUGUGGCUCAAUCUCACUACCAAGGCAAAGUGCAUGCCAAGAAUAUUAGAUUAAAAAGCUUCGGAGUACAGGCACCUGCCAUUCCUCAGCCCAUCGUUCCAGUGAAGAAGCUGGACGGACCGACCAGAGAAGGACAGGGAUCUGCGGUUCACGACCCCAACCGCUUCUGCAACAUUUGUCAGGCUUCUUUCAACAACCCAGUAAUGGCUCAACAACACUAUAGUGGCAAGAAGCACAAAAAACAUUUGACCAAGCAGAAACUGAUGGAGACCUUCGGACCUUCUGCCGUACCAGCCUCUACAGUAAAGGGCUACCCGUGUACCAUGUGCAAUAUUGAGCUCAAUUCCGUGGAACAGUACCAGGCUCAUAUCAGUGGCGCCAAACACAAGAACCAUGUUCGACUCAAGGAAGGUGGCAACUCCACUGUAAGCCCCUUGACAAAAAAACAGCCGGACUAUGUGUAUGGCUAUAACCAGCAGCAGCAAGCCCAAGAGGAUUGGGGCAGUUUAAAGCAGGACUAUGAGUCCGGAGGCUUGUAAAGCGUCACCGCUUUUGACACUUUCGUGACGAGCUGCUUCCGUUCGUGCAAAGGCAACGUCUCCCUUCACUACACCAGAUUCUGCUCUAACAUUGCUCGUUAUUCGGUAUGGUGUGUCGUUCUCACUCGGCGGUAGAUGAUUAAACACCUCUAACUUCCA